GUAUUUUAUUUUAAUGAAUUUGCUGAAUCAUACAAUCUAACUCUUGCAAUAGGCUUUGUAGAACUUAUAAUAGAUGUAAGGAAAAUAGGAGAUGAAAGAGAUUUUACCUUAAUUAACUCAAGUAGUAGAUUCCAUCCCUGAGGAAUUUAAAGAAUUGGUUCCAUAUUAGAUGGAAAUCUCUGAUAAACAUCUGAAUCAUCGACAAAGCAAAGAGUUCAUAAUCAAGACAGUUGAAUAAUUUCGAUAGUGGAGAGCAAUGGAAUGUGUGAAAGCAGAAACUUUUGAAGAAGUAAUGGCAGCUCACAAUUAAUAUUAUUACAGAACUUUGAGGUAGCAAAUUUAUAGAUUUAUUGUAAUAACAGAUGGAUUUCGUUAUUCAAGAGGAGAGGCUAGAGAGAAACUAGCUCAUUGUCCAUUUUGUAAGUUUUAGAAUAUUCUCACUUACGUAACAGCUCAUGUUCUUAAAAAGCAUGCUAAUAAUUAUUAAAUUUAUAAUUGUUCAAUUUGUAACAAAGAUUUCUAAUCACAUCGUUUAUUGGUCAUGCAUAUACAUAAUUACCACAAAGAGGGAGUGAUUCCUAAAAAGAGAAAUGGUAUUCCUCCUAGGAAAGAAUCAAGUGAAUAGGAAGAUGAAGAUAUUAUAUUUGAAGAAGCAGAUUCACCACAAAUAUCAUUAUGA